AUGCCCUACCUCCCAACCCGCCGCGCCAGUCCCGGCGACAGCGAUGAAAACGGCAACGACACCGACGGCCCCGAAGCGACCCCGCUCCUCCGUCCUCGCUCUUCCUCCCCCUCCCCGAGCACGACCUCCACCCUCAGCUCCCUGCACACCAGCAGCAGCACCACCAGCACCAGCAACCACCGGCGCACCCACCUCCUGCGCACUACGGCGCUCCUCUCGGCGCUGCUCUCGGCCCUCUGCGCCGGCUCCAUCACCAUCUUCUCGCUGUACGGCCACAUCCUGCAGCGCCGCCUGCGCUACACCCAGUUUGAGGUCAACGGCCUGGCCUCGGCCGCGUCGGUCGCCAUGUACGCCCCCGUGCCCCUGCUCGGCUACCUGUGCGACCGCGCGGGGCCAGCCCCGCUGUCCGUGCUGGCCGCGGUCAUGUUUGGCGCCGGGUAUGCGGGUGCCGCGGCGGCGUAUGCGAGGGCCGAAAGGGCGGUGGCUGCCGGCGGGGGAGGUGGUGGUGGGAAGGCGGCGGAUGAGUGGUAUCCGCUGAUGGUGUUGGCGUUUGUGGCUAUUGGGGUGGGGACGUGUGCCAUGUAUAUGGGUGCCGUGGCGACGUGUGCGAAGAAUUUUGGGAGGGGGAAGCAUAGGGGUUUGGCUGUGGCGCUUCCGAUUGCUGCGUUUGGGCUGAGUGGCAUGUGGAUUAGCCAGCUGGCGAGUCACUUGUUUUUGAAUCGGGACUCGAGCGCCGAGGAUGGGGAGGUGAGCGUGGUGAAGCUGUUCGUGUUCCUCGCCGUGUUGCUCGUGACGGUGGGUGUGAUCGGGGCGUUUGGGCUUAGGAUCGUGGACGAGAACGACCUGAUUGAGGAAGCUGUCGAGGAGCUGGAGCGGAGCGGCAUACUAGAUGGCAGCGCCAUGUUUACCCCUGGGAGAACAGAACAUAACUACGGCGCGGUGGAGCGGGGUGACCCCUUCGACGAGCUUGAGGAUGUCAAGGACCCCGCCGAGGAGGAAGCCCGACUCAAGAAACAGUGGGUCCUGAACGCCGAAACACGCCGGUUCCUCACCGACCACACCAUGUGGUGUUUUGCCCUCGGCUUCUUCUUCAUGAUCGGCCCCGGCGAAGCCUUCCUCAACAACAUGGGCACCGUCAUCAAGACCCUCUACCCGCCCACCGUCCACUACGAAGGCAAGCCCACCUCAGCCGCCACGCACGUAUCCAUCGUCGGCAUCACCAGCACCGCUGUGCGCCUCCUCACCGGCACCCUCACCGAUCUGCUUGCGCCCAGCCCCAAGGCGCAACACGUGCAAAUCACCGCCACCGCGCGGCGCCUGCUCCCCGCCCGGGGCUUCUCCAUCUCGCGCGUCUCCUUCCUCCUCUUCUUCGCCACCCUGCUGUCCCUCGGCCUGGCCGGCCUCGCAUCGGGCCUCGUCCAGGGCCACGGCGACCGCUUCUGGGUCGUGUCCGGCCUCGUCGGCGCCGGGUACGGCGCCGUCUUCAGCCUGACCCCGAUCAUCAUCACCGUCAUCUGGGGCGUCGAGAACUUCGCCACCAACUGGGGCAUCGUCGCCAUGUUCCCCGCUCUCGGCGCCACCCUCUGGGGGCUGGUCUACUCGGCUGUCUACCAGGGGGCCGCGAAGCGCGGCGCGUGGUCGCCUGGGGAAGGUGGUGGUGGGGAGCAGGAUAACUUGUGCUACGGCGAGGAAUGCUACGCGCCUGCAUUUUGGGCUAUGGCUGCUAGUGUGUGGGUUGCGUGUGGGCUGGUGCUGUGGGCGUGGAAAGGGAAGGGUGGGUGGUCGCAGAGGGGGAUUGUGGUGUAG